CACCAUACUCGGCAAAAAUCAACACAUUUUCACUAUUGCCCCCAAGCUCACACCUCUUCGCCGGCCUUUUCCAAAACAUGCCUCCAACCAUCGUGCUACCACGCGCCACCCAACGCCGCGACGGUCAUCCGGCGGCGGAGAACCUGGAGAAGAGAAACGAAGAGUUGGAGAAGGAGCUGAAGAGAAGCCUGGAAAGGGAGGAGAGGAUGAAGGAAGAGCUGGAGAGAUUAUGGAAGCGGCUGAUGGUGGCGGAGGAGGCGGAGGAGCGGCUGUGCAACCAGCUAGGAGAGCUGGAGGCGGAGGCCGUCAAUCACGCGAGGGAAUAUAGGGCCCACAUAACGGUUCUGAUGGAACAGCUUUCUGUUGCGCACAAACUUCUGCAAGAUGCUUCCAUUAAUGUAUAAGUACUAUUCCUGCUCCCACUUUUAAAUUAUUAUGAUGAUAUUUUCUUUGUAAAAAGCAGUAAAUUACAAAAUCACCACAAUAUUUAUUUGUAUUUUGGUUUCUUCCCCUUUCAUUUUGGUCCUUUUGGUGUGGGGUAUUUGCCUUUUAAGUCCAUGGGAUUUUCGCUUUUUGUCCCUCUGGGAGGGAUUUCUGUAAAUCUUGUGGAGAGUUAUGUAUGUAUGCUGAUGUUUAAUUGUUCAGGUUUGUGAAUAAUAUAUUAUUGAUCUCUCUC